UCCGGAGAGUCUCGGUGAAGUUCGCUGUCAAAACCGCUGCUGCAAGGAGGGCUGUGACCGUGUUUUUGCAGAUAUCUGUCAUUUCUCGGGUUAAGUGGGAGCUUUGGCAUAAUAAAAUACAUUCACGGCCGUGAAGUGAAGUAACCUGCCUCUCCACAAAUGCAAGCUAUCAAAUGCGUGGUGGUCGGCGACGGGGCGGUGGGUAAAACCUGUCUGCUGAUCAGCUACACCACUAAUGCCUUCCCCGGCGAGUACAUCCCGACAGUAUUUGACAACUACUCUGCUAAUGUGAUGGUGGAUGGCAAACCAGUCAACCUGGGCUUAUGGGACACAGCAGGACAGGAGGACUACGAUCGCCUCCGUCCUCUCUCGUACCCGCAGACGGAUGUGUUUUUAAUAUGCUUUUCAUUGGUGAGCCCAGCCUCCUUUGAGAACGUCCGUGCAAAGUGGUACCCCGAGGUGCGACACCACUGCCCCAACACACCCAUCAUCCUGGUGGGCACCAAACUGGACCUGCGGGAUGAUAAGGACACCAUAGAGCGGCUGCGGGACAAGAAGCUGUCGCCCAUCACAUACCCGCAGGGUCUGGCCAUGGCCCGAGAGAUCGGGGCUGUGAAGUAUCUGGAGUGCUCUGCUCUGACUCAGCGCGGGCUAAAGACUGUAUUUGACGAAGCCAUCCGCGCCGUCCUCUGCCCUCCACCCGUCAAAAAACGUGGCAAGCGCUGCACUCUCUUCUGAGCGCACACAGAUUUUUAAUCAGCCUCUUGGAAAAUAUACUGUACUACUGUCGCAGGUUCGGUGACAGCCGUCCAUGAAGCUCCAACGCACAUCACAUCAAUAUGAACCAUUGGUAGAGGGACACCUCGUGGUUGAUGGCUUUUGUUUUUCACGGCCUCACGCGCCCCGAGACGUAACACUCCAUUUCAUAUCGUUUCUAUGAGAAGUUUUAGUGGUACAGUGUAAAUGUUGACAUACUGUAAGGAAGUGUUUCUUGGUGUUGUAAAGGAAGACAUGGGAAAGUUCUGUUGAUUUAGAAGCUAACCAUUCACAGUAUUAGUUCAUGACACAUUUCACAUCGGGAGCGAGUCAAACAUGAAAUGUUGCAAAUGUUUAGAUUGUGAAAAGUGAAGCUGGUCAAGGAAGGGUUAAAAAUCAAGUUCAGUUUUGUGCCCAGCUAACAAAAAUUUUUAUUUUAUUUUUUUAUUUAAUGUUUAAAAUUUUAUUUGGUUUUCAUGAGACAAACGUUGGUUUUGAAUGUUCUCUGAACGUUCGUAAUGCCCUGUUUUUAAAAUGUUCUCAAAACUUUUUUCUUGGUUAUGCAAACAUUAAGGGAACGUUUUAUUUGAUCAUUUUGAAAACAUUAUGAAAAUGUUACAUUUGAACGUUUACAUUUAAAAAACACAAUGUUUCAAAUCAAACAUUCCUUGAAUGUUGUAUAAUAACAUUUGUGUGCUACAUUUUGUGUUUUGAUUAUCUUUGAACAAUGCAAUAAUGUUGCUCAUAAACACAGCAAUGUUCUUAUUACAUUUAUUUAUUUAUUUUAAUAUAAAGGGAACACUCCACUUUAUGAUUUUCCAAACAUUAUGGAAAUGUUAUUUCGAAUGUUCUUUUGAAACUAGUAUCAUUUAAAAAAAAGUUUCAUAAAUGUUUCACAAACAAUGUAUAAACGGUUUGGUGCUAAUGUUUUAAGAACACUAAUAAAGACCAGAUAACAUUACAGUAUUAACAUUACUGGAAGACCGUUUGUUCGUAUGCUUUCUGUUAGCUGGGUUACAUUUUGCUGAAAGAUUGUGAUCUUUGGAAUCACGUGCAUGCACUGUAUGAGCAGAUACGUGAAUGAAGAACUUCAAUAGGCUCUCUUUAAAGCCUCAUGCAUUCAUGAACACAAGAUGUCUUCUUCUUCUUGACUAUUUAAUAACUUGGCCGUUCCAAACACUGGAGGAGGAAACUGUGAAAGUGGUUAGUGAAUACACUGGCUUUGGAUUUUCUUUCUUUUCUAGUUUUUUUUUUUAAUGUACAUAUGAAGCACUGCUGAAGAGUUUUAUGGUACAGCUUCACGAUCCCAAACCUCUGCGCUCUGUCUGAACAAAUGCCCAUCAUCAUCAUCAUCAUCAUCAUCAUCAUCAUCAUCGUCAUCAAGGGACUUGCAUGCUGCACAAGCUGCAAGGAACACAUUAGUUCCUGAUCAAACCUGGUUUAAUUCUCGUCUGCAUGUGGGUUCGAGUCGACAUGAUCACAACAGGUCCCUGCAUCGGCGCUCCAGCACUUCCUUUCUUUGCAAAUAACUCAAAAUGGACAAGAAGAUGAUCUUCACAGCUGCCAAAAGACAUUUCCGUGAUGUAAGAUACUUAUUAUAUUUACACAAAAAUGUUUUAGACGAGGAAUGCAUUAAUUAAUAAAUCUAUUCAUGUUUUACCCUUA